GCCAGAGGCGGUGCUUUCAGCCAUAGGGCUCUAGCCUCGACCACGCUUUAAUGUUCUAACAUAAACAAGCACCUUCCAUGACAGGGUUGUCAGCAAAACUACAUUGAGAUUAUUGAUACAGUUACGCGAAUGGAACUUUAGCUGCAUAUAACAAGACGUUAUUUACUUCAACCGAAAGAUAAUAAAUUACUAUUAACAUCUACAAAUACAUGCAGAAAGCUGUUACUGUGCUACCGUCAAUACUUAAAUGAAUUCCGUGUAAAAUCAACGCAUCCAACUAUAACCUUCCCAGUAAAAAAAAAACAACACAAAAACAAACGUGAAAUGAAGCAACGUCACAAACGUGCCUUUGUACGCCACGGGUAUUAAAAAAAAAAAAACGACUACGGGGACGUAAAAGGACAGUGCGCAAACGCACUGUCUAUUCCGCAUAAAGGAGGUGGAGCGGAGAAGCUAUUGUGCUGGUUCGCCAUUUUGUGUGAGUGACUCUCUGAUUGGGUUUUAGAGUCCGGUACUGGAGCCAAUCAGGAGGGAACCAAACCGGGGGAGCGAGGCACGGUGCUACAUUGAAUUUUUUUUAAUUCGAUUGCAAAGAAGAUUGAACAGCUGGGACUACUAGUAUGGAGCAGUAUACUGCCAGCAGUGGGAGUGCUACAGAACAGAUUGUAGUCCAGGCAGGGCAAAUUCAGCAGCAGCAGCAGGCAGGUGUUACCACUGUCCAGUUGCAGACAGAGGCCCAAGUAGCAUCUGCAUCAGGCCAGCAAGUUCAGACACUCCAGGUAGUGCAGGGUCAGCCACUGAUGGUGCAGGUGAGCGGUGGUCAGCUGAUUACUUCAAGUGGUCAACCAAUCAUGGUGCAAGCUGUACCAGGAAGCCAGGGUCAGACCAUCAUGCAAGUUCCAGUGUCAGGUGCUCAAGGAUUGCAACAGAUCCAGCUGGUACAGCCAGGACAAAUCCAGAUUCAGGGCGGGCAGGCUGUCCAGGUAUCUCAGCAAGGGCAAGCUCAGCAAAUUAUCAUUCAGCAGCCACAAACAGCCGUCACAGCAGGACAAACUCAGGGUCAACAGCAAAUUGCGGUACAGGGGCAGCAGGUAGCACAAACAGCUGAAGGUCAGACUAUCGUAUAUCAGCCUGUCAAUGCUGAUGGCACAAUCUUGCAGCAAGUUACAGUCCCUGUUACAGGCAUGAUCACCAUCCCUGCAGCAAGCUUAGCUGGAGCACAAAUUGUCCAGGCCGGUACGAAUACAAACACAACCAACAGUGGGCAAGGCACAGUCACUCUUACACUACCAGUAACUGGCAGCAUGAUGAACUCUGGAGGAAUGGUCAUGAUGGUCCCUGGGACAGGUGCUGUCCCAACUAUGCAGAGAAUCCCCCUUCCUUGUGCAGAAAUGCUUGAAGAAGAGCCACUGUAUGUAAAUGCCAAACAAUAUCAUCGAAUCCUGAAGAGGCGGCAAGCACGUGCAAAGUUAGAAGCUGAAGGGAAGAUUCCCAAGGAGAGGAGGAAAUAUCUACACGAGUCUCGUCAUCGUCAUGCAAUGGCCAGGAAGAGAGGGGAAGGUGGGCGCUUUUUCUCACCCAAAGAAAAAGAGGAGCUUGCGGCCAUGCAGCAAGAGCAGUCACAGAUGACAGAAGUGACAGUGGGACAGAUGAUUCGAGUGGCUUAAACAUUAGACGUUUUUAUUUUAAUGAACAGAUGUUUACUGGUUAAUAUGGUCUGUGUCCUGCCUGCACUUUUCUGUCAAUAGACCAGUACUGCUGUCACUGUAAGGAAACCUUGCUGCUUUCAAAACCUUCAUUCCCACAGUUCUGAAGAAUCUACAGGGAAUGGCUCUUUAAGGAUGUCUACACUAGAAGCUGUGUACAAGACCCUUAUUGUGUUUUACUACAGUGGGACUGCAUCAGACCCGGUUAAACGUUUUGCACACACAACUGUGAACCAGGACUUGUCAAUUUUUUUAUAUAUAUUUUUUGUUUUCAUUUUCAUGGUCACUUUACUGGUGGUAAAGGAAGUGAGCCCAGUGUAUGAGUUGCAGUCAUCCGAGUUCUAAGAGAUGCUGUUUUGGCAAGACUGGAGUGCCAUAGUAAACCUGCAUUUGCAUCUUGAUAGUUUUUUGUUGGCGCCAUAUAAUUAUGGGCAUACAUGGUGUUUUUUUUUUUUUGUUGUUGUUUUUGCAUGUAUUUGAUUGUGUCUGAAAAAGAAAUGGCAUUCAUCUGGACAGGACCCUGUACUUUCUCCUUCAUCAUUUUCUCUUACUCCAAGCUCAACAGUAUUUUAAAACUGACAGUGCUACUGAACUAAAAGCCCUGGAGUCCAUUUUGGGAAAUGUCCUAAAGUGCUUAAAGUAAGCAGGUAGAAGGCUGCUGUUUUUGAAAGGAUUUCAACUGUAGUAGUUCUCUCAUUGGUGAAAGUAAGAGAUAAUAAUUUCUAUAUUUUUAGUAUGAAUUGUAUUAGGUGUUGUGUUAAGCAGGCAGAAUUUCUUAUGGCAGUGUAUAAUUCAUGUUUUGAUGGCACUCCCCUGUCUUAUCAGGAUAGUUCAGUGUUUCUUCUAUUUUUUUGGGGGGGGGCGGGGUGGAGGAGGUGAGAGCUUUUGUUUAUAAAUGAAGUGGAGCUAUAAUGUCUGUGCUCGUGCAGUUCACUGUACAUUCAAGGUACACCUCUGACUUUGCUGCUUCAGAUUUCCAGUUUUCUAUGCCAGAAAAUGUUAGACUUCAGGAGAGACCAAGUGGUGCAUAUGUCAUCCAGUACAUGUGCAGUGCAGUUUUGGGUAGAACAGAAAGUGAUUGUGAUACCUUUGAUAAAGGAAGUAAUGCUACAAGAGAUCCCUGCGUUUUUGGAGCAUGUUUUAGGAAAAUGUCCCAUUUAUAAUGUUUAUAGUGUUUAGACGCACUGUAGCUUUGUUUGCAAACUAAAACUGGUUAUUGUGACAGGUACAGUCUGGCUGAAGAUUUAACAGUACAUACACAAGUGGGCCUGUUAUCAGUACUAUAACUGUAGAAAAGUUUGUGUACACACUUUAUACUCUCACCUUUAGCACUGAAAAAAAUCUGAUGGUGUUCAGCUCCGAAUGACAAGUAAUUAACUGAGGGAUUUCUAUUUGUAUUGUCUCCAGCUCUGAGCAUUUUGAGCACCUCACAAUUGUGAUUUUUGAUAAAUAUGCACAAAGCAAUACAUAUGAAGUUUGUGAAACAUUAGCAUUAUAUUCCAAGCACAGUAGCGUUUGAAAAACAUUGUGUGUGCGUCCGACUUCUUUUUUUCAUAAAUUUUUAACACAGGUGACUCAGAGUGCCUUUGCUUCUGAAUUUUGGCACACUCCUUACCCCUUUUUAUAGGGCUGGAAUUCUUGGGGAUGUCAGACAAGUUCCUGAAAUGAAGCAGUUGAAAUGUAUAAAUGCUUAUUUAAGAUAACCCCCCCCCCCCCAAACAAAACAAACAAAAUUAUAAUUUACAAACUGGCUUGGUGGGGAAGAGAUUUAGGAUUACCUUAAAAGGGUGCUUAUUACUGUCACAGUGCUAUGUUGUGAAAGACGCUACUUUGAAAAGGAUUUCUUAGGCUUACCAAUUGAUGGUUUUACCCAUGACCUGGCAGAGUGUGCGGCUGUGUAUAUGUAUGUAUAUAUGUUUUAUUUAUUUAAUAUAUAUCUAACUACCCACACUGCAGGAAAUGCACAUGGAAGCUAGUGUCAUACCUUCACCAGCUGUUUGGAACAAAUUAAAGAUUUAUUUAUUUUUUUGCUGCCCAUAGGUGUAAAUUGUCUCCAUAAAAAGUAGACUAGCCAUCUAAGUAUACAAAUCAUGUUUUUGGUCCCCUUUGGAGGGAAUGUAGUAUAAGGUACUUUUACAAUAUUCCUUUAACAUGGUGUGCUUCUAUUCUCGAGUUUGAUCAAUGUGGCAAGCGUUAUUUACACUGAUUCUUCAGGUUAAUACUUUUGAGAGGCAGUUUUAAGGAUUUCCCAGUGUCUCGAGCACUUAACUUCCAUCUUGCCAGACUCUCCAUAUAUGAAGCUUCUGAGAAAGUUAUUUGACAGGUACAAUUAUGCACAUAAUUCUCUGUAGUUGUGCCACAUGUUCUAGUUUCAGGUAGUAGGGCGGGCUAUGUUUUAUGGUUGCUCUUACCCUAGAAGAGGGUAAAACUGCAUCAUUCUGAUUUCCUGAACUAGCACUUAACUUCAUCUUCUGUAACUUUAUCUUCUGGACAGUGGACUUUACUCUUGUAUUACUAAUUUAGCCUUUUUUUUUUUCAUUGUUAGUCUUCCAGUAGACUACUUGGCAGAUUUGAGAUGGUGGAUGCAGUUUGCCUUUAGUGGAAUAAUGUUUUAAUGGUGUGCAAAACUAUUUUAUUCAUCUUGGCUAAUAAGCUUUGAAAGAAACUGAUAGUGUAGUAUCUCAGAAUCCCUGUACCUAUUGGGUUAGGCAAAAAGCACUUCAACUGGAUUGGCCUGACUAGUUUGGAAUCUUUAACUGUUUUGCAUAACCAUAGUGUCUUUGCUUGUGCACACAUGGUAGUUGGAAGUGCAUUCUGUUUAAAAAUCCACAGUUUAGUUCUGAACAUCGGGCUGCUACACUUUCAAGCUGCAAUUCCUGUCUGCCCAACCUCUCCAGCUUACACUAACCCCAGUGGUUCUCCUCCAUUAGAGCAGGUGGCUUACUUGCACACUCUUCAGUCUUGGAAUUGGAGUAUAUUCCCGUUAUUCUUCUGUGUAUUAGUUACUGGUCUUGGUCUUUCCAUGGGCACACAAUCGUGCCUGCUGUUUGUGUCUUAGUUUUCUUCCUGUAACUAGCUUUGUUUUCUGGUGCAUGUCUCAUCCAGGUCUUUGGCUUCCUUGUAGGAUUGAAGAGAUUUUUCAUGUACAUUUUUAUUCUUGCUACCUCAGAUGCACUUAGUAGGGGCCUUGUAACCAAAAAAACUCUUGCUGCCAUGCUUAGAUUUUGGAGGAGUUAAGGUAAACUCUGACUUGGUUACUAAAGUUACCAUUACAAAACUGAAAUGCUAGUUUCCAGACUGUAGGGAACUGCCUUUUACAUUAGAGUGGUUGCAUCCUGAUUAAACAGCUAUUUGUUGCCUUUUUUGUGUUGCUUGAUGUAAGUAUGUGUUGUGCCUCUAGUAAUCAGGGUUAUUUUGCUUCUGUUUUCUCACAUGCACAGCAAAGUUUUUGACAACUGCCUUAUAAAGGAAUAGAUGCUGAGCUUGUAAGAGUUGUACUUGUAUUUUUUAUGUAUGACAUCCCUGCUGUAAUUUUGUAUUUACCUUGCUGCUUGUAAGUGCAAGUUGUAGAAUUUGGGGGGGGGGGGGAUGGUACAGGAACACAGUGAAUUUUGAACAUCCCUGUUUUCAUUAAAAUUAUUUGUGGAGGGGGGUGGGUCUCCCUCAAACUUGUAUACCAGUUCUGAGAUUGACGUUCUGGGAUUUUCCAUUUUCGCUGAGGUAUGGCAUUGUCUGACUUGGCAUAUGUAAAGCCACAUUUUGUCAUUCAGUGCUGCUUUUCUGGGACUUGCACAGUAACAAGUAUUGGAUGCUUAGCCAUUUGUGUUUUCAGUGUUCAUAUCACUCUUCACCCACUUUUUUUCUUCAUAGAUCUUUUAUCUUAUUCUUGCUUCAUUAAGCUGUGAAUUAAAAUAAGUUCUUGAUGAAUGAUCCUUCUAGGUGUUUGUUCCCUUCUAAUUUUUCCGUAUGCAGGGAAUUUGAGAUGACUCACACUUCGGUCCAAAAGAAUUUGCAUUUUCUGUGGUAUCCUUUCUCUAUAUUUGGGAUUAUGCUUUAGUUUUUAAGAUUUAAUUUCAUUACUGCUUAUCAUAACUGAAGGGAUUCCAGGUCUCUUGUAAUGGUUUAUAGGUGAUUACUAGGCUAGUGGCACAACAGCCUUUACAAGCUUAGCCAGUAAUACCCAGGAUAUAAAAAUAUUGCAUCCUAAUUCCCCAGGUAUGUGAUUGGGGUAGUUAUCAGGGUAGUGGGUCUUUGGAUGUUGGAGCCCUGAGUCAUUUUAGAGUGCCUCUGUCCUUUACAAUUCACAUCCAUUUAUCCGCUUUCUUUUUGAAGAGCAUGAGGGAUGGGCAUCUAUCUCUCCAGCAAAUUUUUAGUCACAAAUAAGGUUCAGCUCCAUGGAACGUGCAACCCUCAUCAUUUUUCUUGCGAAUAAGUAACAUUUUUAUCACUAGAGCUGCUGUAGCACCUGGGGUGCCAAGUAACAUCAUAUAUUUUCAUUUUAAUGUGGGAUGGCUAAACUUUUACCAUUGAAUUGGCUUUGGGGAAAAGACCUGUUGUCUCUACCACACAAUUCCACUGGAUAAACCAACCAAAUAAGUAAAAUCUUUCCACUAAAAGCACACUUAUUGGUCACUAAUAGAGCUUUUAAAACAUAACUUUUAUAAGAUUAGAACGGUCACCUCUGCUGCACUGAAGUAUUGUAUGUAGUAUAGCGAAGGUGUACAGUUUAUAAAAAAGAUCCAUUGUGGAACAAAGGGCAUGCUGUAUUGUCUACAUUUGCUAUCUCUGCAUCACCUACACUUGUUAAUUAUUCCAUCACCUGUUUGCAGCAAAUCAACCCAACACUUUGGCUGUCAUAUUGCUUGGAUACUGGUUCCCAUGCAAUAGAUGGAAUGUUUAGCUUCCCUUAUUAAAGAUUCAUAGGCAGCAGAAUUUUUAAAGGCUUCCUUAGUGUCUGGCACUUUCCAUUGGAACUCCAGUGGAUACAAGUAUGAAACGUGCAGAGAUCCAAAGUAGCAUUACCAGAUGUACAUUGAAUUGAGUUUUGAAAGCCAGAGUGAAGCUGAAUAAAUGUAAGAGAAUUGUUUGUUCUGGUUAAGCUGCUUCCAUGUCUUAUUUCUACUGAACUAUCUAAAACUGUAGGCUUUGGUAAAGUAACAGAAAUGGUUAAGACUGUUAAUACUUUUCAGAUCGCAUGCAGACUCUAAAUCAAUAGAGUAUGCAGUGAUGGAUUUGAAAAGAACAGAACAGAUGCCUUCUUCAGUAGGUUUGGCACAGUUCGAGAACAUCCUGUUUCUGCAUGUACUUCACCAGUGUUUUUUUGAAAUCCAGUGGUAAAGUGCCAGCCAAAUGGCGACGUUGUACAUCUUAACAGUAGGAGAUGGUAACUGCCAACAUAAUUUUUUUUUCUAGCACCAUAUGGUAUUUUCUCUUCUGGAGUAGUUUAAAAUACAUUAUUUCAAGGGCUUUGCACAUACAGACAUUACAUGUCUCCUGGCUGAGGUAUUCUGAAGUAGUGAAGAUUUGUCUUUUGUGUUGUCAGAAUGGCAGAUUUUUGUAUAUAGUUAACAUUUUAUAAUUUUUAUAUAUUGUAUGUAUAUAUAAGCUAUUUUCAAAGCAUGAUAUGUUUUAUUAGCUGUUAAGUACUGUGUACACUAUUCAGCUAAUAAAGUCUUACAGUUUGUUGGUA